GAAUUUGUGAAAAUGUGGUUAAAAAUUGUGCUCCUCGUUUUUUGUGUUUCGGCUUCUAGCUCCCUAGAUGUCGGAGGGGUGCUCUCAGGUAACCGGAUGGGGGGAGUUCCCCUGGGCGUCUCCUUGAGCGAGGGCGAGCUGGAUGUGGAAGGGAUGUGCAGCAAGCAGGGUGUGGCGUGCCUGAACUGCUCGCUGGCUAUCAAGUGUGUGAUACUGCCGGUUGGAUGGCUAAAGAUCCCGUUGGAAUCUUGCGGGGAAGGUAUGACUUGCAAUGCUCACCUCGGUGGUUGCUCCGAACAGCACGUUCCUGAAUGCGACUUUGCCACCAGCGAAUAUCAACACUCAUGUGAACAGAUUGGCAUGUUUCCUGAUGCCCACGACUGCAGGAAGUUCCAUAUCUGCUCGCCUCCCGAAGACAGUCCCACUGGUAGACCAGCAGACCACCGCACCGCGCUGUGUCCGAGACACUACGGCUAUAAUCCGGCGAUUGCUCAAUGCUCGAUUCCACUGCAAGACGGCCAAUGCGAAAAGAGACCCGUACCCACCUGCACCAAAAUCGGCCAAACAGGCGUUCUUCCACUCAGCCCUAACCACUACUACGUCUGCCGUAUGAAGUACAGCAGCCUCCAACCACAAGUAUUCCUCUGCCCCCACGGCUGGUACUUCGUCGAUGGCUUCUGCCGACCAGAACCCGACUUCAAAUCCACUGAAGCUACCACAGUAAAAGCGACCGAAGUGUCUAGAUUAGAGAGCUUCUUUUCCACUGAGAAGGCCAGCACAUACAAGCCCGAUACCUUCUUGGCUGACAAGUUUGAUUUGGCUAAUUAUGAGGUUGCUGAUGAUGAACAAAGAGUGACGGCAGAUUCCUGGGAGAAUAAUGUUUCUUGGUAGAGG